AUGACGGGGGAUGUGGUAGCCAGUCUCCAAGAUGGGCCCAGUCUGGAGCAAGACACAUUUGGAAAACUCUCUUGGGAGAAGCCGUUUGAGCUUGUAGCACAGACACCCCUGGCCUUGCCUCCUCUGACCUUUCAUACCCAGGCGCCAUCAAAGCUUCAGGAAACGAAGAGAGACAACCAUGUCCUGCACACAGAUAACAACAAGCUGAAAGACAAAGAGAGGAAUUUCUCUGAAGUUCUGUCCUGGACAUGGGAGGGGACAAAGAGGGUGAGAAGAAGCUUGAAGCAAAGCAGAAGUGUGUUCUGGGGAGUCCGCAUUCAGCCUCAGAGCGCAGCUGUGAGUGAGCCUGAGCGGGCCAGGUGCUGGUCCCCCACCUGCAUCCUUGGCGCGCAUCCUUUGGUAACCCCCACAAUGCGCUGGAACACCGCUGUCCCAUACCUCCCCUUGGCUCGUGCCCAGUGUUAUAAGCCGCGUUCACACUCCUGCAGCGCAGAGAGCAACACAGGCAGAACAAGCUUCCGAGGGCCCAGGGACCCCCUGCUGACAGCCCCGGGUGCCUGCCAUGGGAAUAAAGAAGAGUUCUCCUGCAGAGGAAUACAACUUGCUGUGGAUUGGUUCCUAGAUAAAGGCCAUAAAGAUAUUACUGUAUUUGUGCCUGCAUGGAGAAAGGAGCAAUCCCGCCCUGAUGCACCAAUUACAGAUCAAGAUAUCCUACGUAAACUGGAAAAGGAAAAGAUUCUUGUCUUCACACCAUCCCGAAGGGUCCAGGGCAGAAGAGUUGUUUGCUAUGAUGACCGGUUCAUAGUCAAACUGGCUUUUGAUUCUGAUGGCAUCAUUGUAUCCAAUGAUAACUACCGAGACCUUCAAGUCGAAAAGCCAGAAUGGAAGAAGUUUAUAGAGGAGCGCUUGCUGAUGUAUUCUUUUGUGAAUGACAAGUUUAUGCCUCCAGAUGAUCCUUUAGGACGUCAUGGCCCAAGCCUUGAAAACUUCUUAAGAAAGAGACCCGUUGUUCCUGAACACAAGAAGCAACCAUGUCCUUAUGGCAAAAAAUGCACCUACGGCCACAAGUGCAAAUACUACCAUCCGGAGCGGGCCAACCAACCGCAGCGUUCGGUGGCUGAUGAGCUCCGCAUCAGUGCCAAACUGUCCACAAUAAAAACCAUGAGUGAAGGCACCCUGGCCAAGUGUGGCACAGGGCUGUCUAGUGCCAAAGGUGAUAUAACCUCAGAAGUCAAACGCGUGACCCCCAAGCGUCAAUCGGAUCCCAGCAUCCGGUCCGUGGCUGUGGAGCCUGAGGAAUGGCUGUCCAUUGCCCGUAAGCCUGAGGCCAGCUCUGUCCCCUCACUUGUGACUGCUUUAAGUGUCCCCACAAUCCCACCCCCCAAAAGCCAUGCAGUGGGUGCCCUCAACACCCGUUCAGCCAGCAGCCCAGUACCAGGAUCCUCUCAUUUCUCCCACCAGAAGUCCUCUUUGGAGCACAUGACCAGCAUGCAGUACCCACCCAUCCUGGUUACCAAUAGCCACGGGACCCCUAUUAGCUAUGCUGAGCAAUACCCAAAGUUUGAGCCCUUAGGGGACCACAGCUACUAUUCAGUGUUAGGCGACUUCUCCAAACUGAACAUCAACAGCAUGCAUAAUCGAGAGUACUACAUGGCUGAAGCAGACCGGGGGUUGUAUGCCCGGAAUCCCAACCUCUGUCCUGACAAUCGUAUGAGCCAUACCAGGAACGACAACUAUUCCUCUUACAACAACCUGUACUUGGCUGUAGCUGAUACUCAUCCUGAAGGCAGUUUGAAGCUGCAUCGCUCAGCAUCUCAGAACCAUCUUCAGCCUUUUCCUCAUGGUUACCAUGAAGCCUUAACGCGAGUGCAGAGCUAUGGCCCAGAAGACUCUAAGCAAGCCCCCCACAAGCAAUCAGUCUCCCAUUUAGUUCUGCAUGCCCAGCACCCAACAACUGGAGCACGCUCCAGCUGUCCUGGAGACUAUCCCAUGCCUCCCAAUAUCCAUCCUGGGGCAACCCCCCAGCCAGGACGUGCCCUGGUGAUGACUCGGAUGGACAGCAUUUCUGAUUCUCGCCUAUAUGAGAACAAUCCCAUCAGGCAAAGACGUCCUCCUCUGUGUCGGGAACAGCAUGCCAGCUGGGACCCACUGCCCUGUGCAACUGACUCCUAUGGCUACCACUCCUAUCCCUUGAGUAACAGCCUCAUGCAACCAUGCUAUGAGCCAGUCAUGGUACGGAGUGUGCCUGAAAAGAUGGAGCAGCUUUGGAUGAAUCCUUGGAUUGGAAUGUGCAAUGAUUCCAGGGAGCAAAUGAUCCCAGAGCACCAGUAUCAGACCUACAAGAACCUCUGCAAUAUUUUCCCUUCAAACAUUGUUCUUUCAGUGAUGGAGAAGAAUCCCCACACAGCAGAUGCCCAGCAACUAGCAGCCUUGAUUGUUUCUAAGCUUAGGGCUGCACGUUGACAUGACAUAGGACUUAUUUCUUUAUAUAAAUAUGAAUACCAAUAAUGCACUAAUACUAUGAUAAUAGUAACUAAUAGUUUUGUGUUACACUUUACAAGUUACAAACUGUUUGUCAUUGAAGUGCAUAACAACCCUGUGAGGAAAGUCUUACUAAUGUCUUGUUUUCUAGACAAGGAAACUGAAGCUCAGUGAGUUUAAAAGUAACUUGCUGAAGUCACACUGCUAGCAAGUGACCAAGUCAAGACUCACACCCAAGUCCUCUGACUCCAAGUCCUAUACCCUUUUGCACUGCACCAUGCAGGUAAUGGAGGACAAAACCCAGGGGAAAGGCCUAAAUGCAAGAGGCUCCAAGGGAUUCCAUUACCAACUGUUUUCUUAGUCACACAUUCUAUAUUAUGAAGUAUCAAUGGCAUAUCUAAUUUAGAGAGCAAGAGUAUCAGGAUCAAUCCAUUUAGGCUUUUUAAUAAGAAUAUUUAAAUCUAUUUAAAAGUAAAGACAUACUUUAUUGCAUGGAUAUCUGACCAUUCAAUACCUUUAUUAACUCAGAUAUAGGGUCACAUUGAAGUUUCUAGAGCUAUAUUUCAAACCUAUUGUUAGCAAUUAUAUUGCAUGUAUGACUGUAUGUAUUUAGUUUGAGGUGUGUGUGUAUGUGUAUCUCUAUAUAACCUUUUGAACAGUGGUGAUAAAAAGACAGACUUUGCACAGUCUUUAGUCUAUAGCUGUAUACAUCACAAAUCUGACUUGAUGAUUUUACAUCAUAUUUCAUAGUUUCAACUAGUUUUGAAAGUGAAACUACAUCUCAAUAUUUGAAUCUUGCUUUCUUAGGCACCCAGAGCAAACUGGCUCUAUUUCCUUUGCACUUUUUACUUGUCAGCAUUUAUUGAGAGUUCUUCACUUUUAAGUCUCUUCACCUUAGUAAAUUAGGGAUCAGAUUGAUGCCUUCUGCAGAAGAGGUGAUGGAUAGUUCCAAGUUGAUACUCUCAAGUUCGAAGCAUAGUAGUUGCGUGUGCUAGACAAGCACAGAAGAGUUGGACCAGGACCAAGGGAUUUACUACCAGAAUUUGCUUCCCUUAAUCCCAGGAGAGAUUAAAUGACAAACACAAAAAGCUGCAUUCAAGGGGGGGGGGGGUCCAAUGGAUGCUCUUUGGACUUCUGACCUAUGCAGUAUUAAACAACACAGGAUGAAAGGCAUUGAAGGACAGUGCACCAUCAUGUAAUCCACUUUCUCCUGCCAUCUAACCUUUGGGCAAUAAGGUCUAUCAUUGGUGGAGCAGAACUUCUUUAGGAAACAAAAUCAGGGGAUUUUCUAGGUGGAAAAAGCUUCCAAAAGGGGAUACUACAUCUUUGCUAAUAGCUGGCUCAGUUACAUACUUCAAAUGCAUGCAGAGGGUGCACUUGACCUUAGGUAAUUCUUAAAUGGAUUACUAAGGAAGGCAGGACUUUGAGUUGACAGCACUAUAUGGGCAACUUGUAUCUUGCUCAGGGUGGGAACCUUUGUAGCUAAAUGCCUCUAGAAGAGGCGUUUAUUGUUUUUGUUUUUUUAAACAGCUGCACUAAAUAAACCCCUUUUUGAAUCCAUUGUAUAUUGCAACAUUUUGAACCAUGACCAGCUCACUAUUUCUUGAGCUGGAACUUGCUAAUUUCUAUGGUAGUUUUUUUCAUGAAAGUUGAGAAGGCCUGGUCUUGGCCUUUUGUUUCUUCAUGAGAAGGUGUGACACUGCCUAUAAAUGUUUCUUACUGUGAAACACUCCGAAUGUGAGACUGUAGUCAGGGUUAUUUCUGGUGGUUUGAUAACGGCUUGCAUGCUGCUUUCUGGCUUUCUGUCUCUGUCCUGGUUAAUCAAAACUUCCUCUCGGUGUUUCUUUUCAGUUUACCACAGUUCACAUUCAUCUCCUACCCUUUGAUCUUUCUAUCUCCCAGUGUAUUGAGGAGUAAAAGUAUUUUCUGCCAGGUAGGUCCAUAGAGUGGAGAAGGCAAUGGCAACCCACUCCAGUACUCUUGCCUGGAGAAUCCCAUGGACGGAGGAGCCUGGUAGGCCACAGUCCGUGGGCUUGUGAAGAGUCGGACAGGACUGAGUGACUUCACUUUCACGAAUUGGAGAAGGAAAUG